UGGAGCGCGACCAGAUGGAAUUCUGCACUCCCCUCUUUACGGAUCCCUCACGUUUUCAAUUGUUUCAGCAGACGUUCAGCGGCCAACAAACAGCUCUGGUGUGAACACGGAGUCUUUACUUUCGGGCUCGGCUGCGCUGUGAACCGGGACUGGAGCGGUCAGGACGUUUAAAAGGCACCAAACAUCUUCUCGCUGUCUCGAGGCGUUAACCGGUGUCCGUCAUGCCGCUGUUUGGUAAAUCCCACAAGAGUCCCACAGACAUUAUCAAGACCCUAAAGGAAAACCUGGCCAUCCUGGUCAAACAUGACAAGAAGACAGACAAGGCAUCUGAGGAGGUUUCAAAAUGCUUGGUGUCGAUGAAGGAGAUUCUGUACGGGAGCAACGACAAGGAGCCGCACACCGAGACCGUGGCCCAGCUCGCACAGGAGCUCUACAACAACGGCUUGCUGAUUGCGCUGGUAGAAAACCUGCAGUACAUAGAAUUUGAGGGGAAGAAGGACGUUUGUCAGAUCUUUAACAACAUCCUGAGGAGGCAGAUCGGAGCGAGGAGCCCCACCGUUGAAUACUUGUGCUCCCACCAAGAGGUCCUCUUCAUUCUGCUGAAGGGAUACGAAACCCCCCAGAUAGCGCUGAACUGCGGCAUCAUGCUGAGGGAAUGUAUCCGCUAUGAGCCACUCGCCAGGAUAGUUCUCUAUUCCGAACAUUUCCACAGCUUCUUCAGCUAUGUGGAAAUGUCCACGUUUGACAUCGCUUCUGACGCCUUUGCGACCUUUAAGGAUCUCCUUACAAGACACAAAGCGGUUGUGGCUGAAUUCCUCGAAAAGAAUUACGAUGCUGUGUUUUCUAACUAUGAGAAGCUGCUGCACUCUGAGAACUACGUCACAAAGCGGCAGUCGCUUAAGCUCCUGGGCGAGCUCUUAUUGGACAGACACAACUUCACGGUGAUGACAUUCUACAUCAGCAAGCCUGAAAACCUCAAGCUAAUGAUGAAUCUGCUCAGAGACAAGAGUUCCAACAUUCAGUUCGAGGCCUUCCACGUGUUUAAGGUGUUUGUAGCGAAUCCCAACAAGACGCAGCCCAUCGCCGACAUCCUGCUGAAGAACCAGACCAAACUAAUUGACUUCUUAAGCAACUUCCAGAAGGACCGCACAGAUGACGAGCAGUUCAACGACGAGAAGACGUAUCUUAUCAAACAGAUCAGGGAUCUGAAAAAACCAGCCUCCUAGAAGAGCCCCCCGACCCCACCCAACUUUUUUUUUAUUAAUAGGAUGGCGUAGAAAAUAGAAAACAACAAAAAACACAUUAACAAUAAUGGUUGUACUAUUUAAAAAGAUUAUUUCUGUUUGUUGGUAAAAGUAGCUCAUAAUCAAUGAUCUAACUUUUGUAAAUUUAUUUUUUUUAUUUAGAAAAUCAUUUUUUUUUCUCACGUGUAGCAUGUAGCUCAAUGUGUUGGACGCAUCUGAUUUGCUUUGUCAAAUGAACCAGCAGGAGGAGACGGCUUGGGCCGAAAAUGCUUUCUCCUUCCACCGCUUUUUAAAGGUGAAAUUUGCAAUAGUGAAGUUGCUGCAAAUUGCCAAAAACUCGAAGGAUGUUUUUUUGUUUUUUGUUUUGUUUUUUUUCUGACAGAUUCUUGAGGGAAGAUGGAAGAUGUUAGUAGAGUAUGGAGUGAAAAUAGUCUCAAAAUACCUGUGCGUAUGUAAUCCGUAUAAGCAUCUUUGUGUGAAACUUUGGAGAUUCUGAAACAUGAUUUGUAAACCGUAAAAAGAAAAUGUGUGCAUAACUCUGGGUACUUAUAAAAGUACCCGGAUCGAAUGCAUACGCAAAUAUGAAGAAAUUAUGAAUAUAAAAUAAAAGUACACAUACAAUUACAAUUCCUAAAAUUUUAACUGCAACCUCACAAAUCUGAUAAAUAAUGAUGCUCACAGACAAAACUGGAUUAACGCACAGAUCCUGUUACCACUGCGCAAGGAUUCUUGAGACUCAUUUCACGCUUCAGACAGGCUCAAAAUUUGUGCGUCAGUGGUGCGUUUAAUUGCUGGCGGAAAGCUGGGUCAUGAGUUUUGCUCGUUUUCAUCCUCUGAACGUUUGUUCGCUGUGCUUGUGCCAAAGUGGCAAUGACGUCAUUACGUUGGAAAACGGAAUCUCAGUACUUCCUUAUCCACCUUAUUCCUAGCCUCCAGGAGGUUUUGCGUGAUUUAUGGGCGCUACUACUGCCGUAGACCGUUGUUUGCAUGUUAGCAUCUCGCUAACCGGCUUGCGGCUACAAAAUACGUACAAUCUCAGCUUAAAUAUGGCGAUUUUUUUUUCACCGCUACCUAUAGCUACUGCGGGUAUGAAUGGCGAUGUGAAGAAAUGGCCGUAAAGUAAAUUGUUUACAUUUCUGUCGCUAGUGACGACGGUCGCAUAGAAACGGCCAUCGCUCCCCGAGACGCGCAGAGGAAAUAAAAUUUAAUUGCAAAAGAAAAGAAAAGCCUCCCAGAAAUAAGGUGGAUAAUACUCCAGAAUUGUUUAUAGACAUAUUGUGCAUUUUUUGAGCGGUACAGAUGAGAUUACGUUGUUUAAGAUCUAUUGUUAAACUCUUUAUGUUGAAUAAAUAAAUAAAAAUA